AUGGAAGAAUCCUCAAAGGGAUCACCAGAAAGUGUCAACUCACAACCUCAAACAUCUUCGAAUCAAAUUGACUUAGACCGUUUGGCGCCAGCGACUCAUGGCAGGUCAGAUUCCACCUAUUCACGUAACUAUUCAUUAUUACGUAUCUAUGAAAACGAUUGCACUUCAGAUAAUGGUGAGUUAGAAGGAACUACUGAAGAACAACCGUUGAGUAAUGAUCUUAAUAACACAAUCGAGUCGAGUCAGUCUUAUAUCGAGCCUAUCUGCUCUGGUUCUAUCAACUCUUUAUUGUCUUCAGACUUUGACCGAUAUGGCUUUAAAAAGGCUUCGACUUAUCAUAAAACGACAGUUGACCAAUACAAUAACUGGUUUGGCGAAUAUUCUCAAUACUGUCUUCGCAGGAAAAGAAAGUGGAAUUUAUUGAUGAAAAACAAUGGUCUACAACUAAGCUCAGAAGCAGAUAUUCCUACUAGGUUUCCUCCAAGGUCAGAUAAAGUGAAAAAGAUGAUAAGAAGAGGCAUACCGGCGGAAUGGAGAGGAAAUGCGUGGUUCUUUUAUGCUGGCGGCUACGAAAAGCUCAGUAAAAAUACAGGCGUAUAUGCACAAGUCGUUCAUAAUACACAAGGGAUCAAAAACAAAGACACAGAGGUCAUCGAAAGAGAUUUAAAGAGAACAUUCCCUGAUAAUAUUUACUUUAAUGACACACUUAAGUUCGAGGUCGUAAAUGACAAAGGCGAUGACCCGAACUUAGAAACACCACCUUCCACUGAGUCCAAGAUGAUUCAAUCAUUAAGGAGAGUUCUUGUAGCAUUUGCUCAUCACCAACCUCAAAUAGGAUACUGUCAAUCGUUGAACUUUUUAGCAGGGCUUUUACUAUUAUUUAUGAAUGAAGAACGAGCUUUUUGGCUAUUAGUUAUAAUGACUGAAAGGAUUAUCCCAAAAGUUCAUUCCGCUGACUUAGAGGGUGUCCAUACUGACCAGGGUGUACUAAUGUUAUGUGUGAAGGAAUAUAUUCCUCAAUUAUGGGCAAUCUUAGGUAAAAACUUUGAUGGUGAGGUACUUACGGAAGAUCGAAUUCUCACAAGGCUUCCACCAGUAACGCUUGUGACAUCAUCAUGGUUCAUGUCUGUGUUUGUUGGAGUCUUGCCCGUGGAAUCUACCUUGAGAAUAUGGGAUAUUUUAUGGUAUGAAGGAUCAAAGACCAUCUUCAGAGUUUCUCUUACUAUCUGUAGGAUGUGCUUUGAUAGUCCGGAAUUUCAAAAAGCUAGAACUACUUGUGGUGGAACGGAAAUGGAGCAAAUUGAGCUCUUCCAGUUGAUGCAAAACUUUCCAAAGAGUAUUCUUGAUCCAAACAUUCUAGUAGAUAAUUGUUUUAAAAAAAUCGGAGGGUAUGGAUAUGGUUCAUUAUCGCAAGAGGAAAUUAAUAAAUGUAGAAUAUUUGUUUCCAAACAAAGAGCAAAACUAAAGUCUAAAAAAAACUCUGGGAUAGCUGCAGAGAUGACGGACGAAGAAAGAAAGGCUCUAAUGUCCGGUUCUUUAGGUCCUGACAGCUUUGAUGAUGUGCAUGAUAUAUAUGGUUUCCACAGAUCUAUCAUGAGUGGCAUCACUUGGAACAAACACAUCAGCAACAGGAUGAAAAAAAGGUUUAGUAGAAAGAAAUAG